AAUCAGUCCAAUUAGUGAUCUGCUAAUGAGCAUCUACAUUAUUGCAUUGGUCCUGGGCCUCAUUUUCAAUCUGCUCACUGCUUGGCCCAUUGUCCAGCAGAUCCGCAGCAAGAAUGUGCUAGGGGUCUACCUCCUCAGCCUUUCUGUGUCUGAUCUGCUCUAUAUCCUCACCAUGCCUCUGUGGAUCUAUUACUACCACCAUGACCACAAAUGGACUCUUGGUCAGGGCAUGUGCAGGCUCGCUGGUUUCUUCUAUUACUCCAACAUGUACAUUAGUAUCUAUCUCCUGUGCUGCAUCUCCGUUGACCGUUGCCUGGUGGUCACCUUCCCUCUAAAGGUCAAAGCCUUUCGUCGUUACAAAUAUGCUUGGCUUAUCUGUGGGCUCAUUUACAUCUUUGUUAUGAGCCUACACACUCUGGUUUUGUACACAGACAAGGUGAAUGACCUGAUGGACUCCCAGAAGCAUUGUUAUGAGACCUAUCCCAUGACUGAGCAUGUAGCUUUUUUCAACUUCUUGCGAGUAGGUAUUGGUUUCCUGCUACCACUGCUAGUUCUAACAGUCUGCUACUGGCAGAUCCUGAGCAAGGUACAGAAAAGCACAGGGGUGGAUAAGCAAGGCAAACGCAAAGUCAAGCUGCUGUCAGUGGGAGUCAUUGCCAUCUUUUCCAUCUGCUUUGCCCCCUACCACAUUCUCUUACUGGCACGGUCAAUUGCCUUUAAUAGAAUGGACAAGAAGGCUUACUGCACCUUUGAGCAAGCACAGCACUUUAACUUCUCCUGCACUUUGGCCUUGUCCAGUCUCAACAGCGUAAUGGACCCACUGCUUUAUGUACUGGUCAGUAAUGUGAUUAGGGAAGAUAUAUGGCUGUGUUGGAGAAACAGGCAGACCCCUGGGGAGAUGAGAAGUGUUUGCCAUUUCAAAAUGGAGGACCAGGGUAAACCCCACAGCUUUGGAAACUGAAUGAGGCCUUUUAACAGCUGUGGUCUGAUAUGUGUGUCCUGUUCUGAAGAAUCCAGGCUAAAUUAUAAGCCACUGUGAUAUUUGAAAGAACAGACAUGUCAGUGUGUCCAUGUGAGAAUCAAAGAUCUGUUUCUGAAUUGCAUUUAUGGAUUUUCUGUCGAAUGUCUAACUUGGGCAUGGCCCAAGUGUUGUGAAAUACAGCUUUUCAGUUUAUCAUACUUCUUUUUUAUGUCACUAGAGCAAUGAUGGAUUGCAUACAAAUGUGUUCAUAUUCUGAACCUUUAAAAUCAGUAACUGAAAUUAUUUUUUGAAAUUAUUUUUCUGUGCAACCUACUGUCUUAUGAACUGUUCAUAUAUGAACACAUACUUUGAGGAUAUUUAACAUUCAGUGAGAUGUCUUGGCUUCUACAGUUAUUCAGCUACAGUUAUCAUUAUCAUGUUUGGAGCUAAGAUUGUGUCACUGCUACAAGCUCUAUUAGAACCUCGUGCUAGAGAGGACUGCUCAAUCCCCACCACAAAUGAACACCAGUGUGGACAUAUCAAAGGCAUAUUCUUACAGGUGUAAAUUCCUGUAUCUGUCAUUCCUACUAAUAUUAUGUUUAUAUGUUUAUGUUAGUAUUUAGCUAUUUUAUGUUUAAGCAAAACAAAAGUCAAAUGAAGGACUGAGAGAAAAACACUGGAACUCACAGAAUGAUUUGCCCUUGAGAUGUAAGUUGACUGAGAUGUAAAGAUUAUACCCAAAGAACUAGCUUACGGUAACAUAAAGUGCCAAUAUAUUAAGGUCAGAACUUUGUUUAAUCAGUAAUUUUUUUCUGGCCUAACAAGAAACAAAUUGUAUUUUUUUUAUUUUAAACAUAUAUAGAGCUAAACUGUGCAUGGAGGUAGACCGGGAUUGGGCACUCCUGGUCUAAGCCAUCUUGUGUUGUUCAUCAGACAUUUACAUCCAGGCUUGGCUUUCUAGACAUAUCAGAAGAGGACAACAUGUAAUCAAUGCCAGAUACUGUCUCAGAAGUAUAGACUGUGGGCAUAUAAAAAUACCUCUUUCAUUGUUGGAGGACAAUUGGAUGCUUUUGUAAAGAAGUAAAUGUGUAUACCAAAUAUAUCUUUCCUAAUUGCAUGAAUGAACAAACGUUAAAACAAAACUGAAUUAUACACAUGGGAAAUUUUGUAUUUUGUAGCUGGUUUGUUUUUAUUCCUGGUUUGUCAAUUGCAGCAUCCUCAGGAUCUGAGACUAAAAUUAUUAUUAUUAUUAUUAUUAUUAUUAUUAUUAUUGAUGAUGAUAAGUGCCUUCACACCAUUUUCAAUGUCUGUGACCAUAUUAAUUGGGUUUCUCCAGAAUGUCCUGUGUUCUGUUUGAGUCUUUAAUGGUUCUCAAUGACUGGUUUAUGAUUCCUCUCAUUGUAUCUAUCUAUCUUGUUGGUGGUUGCCCUCUCCCUCUUUUACCUUCAAUUCUUUCAAGCGUAGUCUUUUCCAAUUAAUUGGUUCUUCUCAGAAUAUCUGAUACAGAUCGUUGCAUUCGAAGAUCUUGUUUAGGUCUUGCAUCCUUGAUCUGCCGAGUGCCAAUCUGUGUCGUAUUUCUUGAGUACUGGAUUCUCUGUUAAUAAUUCAUCAGAGAAGGCAAAAGCAGUCCACCAUUUUCACCAAUGGUAAAGUUCUCCAUCUGUGGUAAAGUUAGCAGUCUUUCCUGUCAUCAUAGUUAGUCUGGUUAGUCUUUUUCAUAUUGAGCUGAAGACCCAUCUUUUCACUCUGUUCUUAAACAUUCAUCUUCCUCCAGUCAAGCUUCUCUAUGUUCUGCAUAUCAGGUUGAACAGAUAUGGUGAUAGUAUGCAGCUCUGUCUAGCUCCUUUGCCUAUGUGGAACCAGUGUGUUUGUACAUUUUCUGUUCUGACCAUGGUUUGUUGAUCAAUGUAGAGAUUUCUCAUUACAGCGAUGAGAUACUCUGGUAUUCCCAUUUUCCCGUUUGAGGACCUUUCAUAAUUUCAUGUGGUCAACACAGUCAAAGGCUUUGCUUUAGUGAAUGAAACACGUUGUCUUUCCUGUACUCUUUAGCUUUUUCAGUGAUCCACCAGUUUCAGGUGUCAUAGUCCACAUUAAAGUAUCUGUAUUGUUACUGAGUCACUGAUGUACUGAAGACUCAACAUAGCUCUACUAGGAAGAACAAACAUGUUGGGAGGGCAUGAAUUUUCUGGGCAAUCUCUCUCCUGGUAUGUGGUGAGAAGCCUGUCCCCUACUAGCACUGUAAUUGCAUUAGUCAUACUUGACAGAUAAAUGUUGUAAUUAGCAUGUAGGCCCAUUCAAAACAUGAGCAUCUCAUUCCUCAUUCCUCAUCAUUACAAUUUCUCUCUUAUUCUGUGCUUUAGUGUAUCAUCACCAAAGUGUGUGUGUGUGUAUAUCAGGAUCAGGGGGUAGCUUGUGGUUGUGUGUGUUCUGUUUGUGUGCCUUAUUGGUGAAUGCUCAAAUUCCUCUAGCAUGUGAGACCUUUUAUCUUUAGUCAUGUGAUUUGUGUAUUGAUUGGCUGUAUAAUAUAUACACCUGAGUAAAAAAGGCUGGUCAGAGUCUUUGAAUAUUUGGUCUCACAUUAAACACAAACUAGCUUGGCGAUGUUUUUCAACUUUUGGAAGCCAUCAAUGCUGAGUGGAAAAAUGUUAACUCUUCUUUCUGUAAAAGGUUGCCUGCACGUCUAUCCACAAGACAAUCAAAGUGACUAUUAAAAACUUAAUUAUUUUGCCAUUUUGGGCUUGGCCUAUUUUUUUUGCGUGGGAGUGUAGCACUUAUAAUAAAUUGAAAGAUCAUUCCAUGCACUGUUGGAAACAAGUCAUUUUUAUUUUUCGAAGGAGAACAUAAAUCCCAACAAAGAUGCACAAACAACAACUAUGGCAACAAGCAACAUUUUACUGUGUAGUGUUUAGAGCAAACCAUACACAAUUAUGCACAAUGACAGUAUCAACAAAAAGAGAAAAUAACAGGAUCUCAUGUUUCUUCAGAUGUGUGUUUAUCUCUGAAAUUUCCUCUACUCAGUGAGAUUUUACUGCUAAUUUCUCAUUCCUGCUCUAUGUGUGGGUAAAAAACAUAGGCUUUUCUCAUGGUUUCAGUAGUGUGAAUACAUUAACCUUAUAUUAUGCCAAUUUUACACUUCUUGUGGCCUGUCAGAAUGAGGGAUUGAUUCACACAGCUCACAAAAGGAAAUGACAAAGACACACAAUAGCACUACAAGCACCCUCUUGUUCCCAAUACAUAACAGAUAAAGCAUCACAUACUGUUCACCAUGUGCCAAACAGAAUGGCCACUGAACAUGUCCACAGCUUAGGCAAUUGUGUUUGGUAACCUUAGGCAGAAACUAAAGCUAUCAGGACUGUACCCAGGGAAAUAUAUACAAUCUUUUCAUUCUAGAUUACACAGCUCUUUCAAGAGUGGUUGAACAUCUGUGUGAGUAAAACUGUAAGAGGUAAUGACUUUUACUGGAGCAGGGAUUCUCAGGAGAAGAACAAAAACAAAAGGCUAAGAGGACCAGAGAUGUUCAGUACCUCGAACACACAGGUGUCUAAAGGGACAUGGUUCAAUAUUAACUGAGUUUCAUGCUAAUUUAAUUGGCUGAGAGAAAACAGAAUAAACAUCCACUUGACACCAACAUGGGCAGAGACCAGCUAGCAAGAAGGAGAGAGAUAUUUGAGGAAAAAAGGCAAAAGAAGCAUCAGGAAGGAGUGUCAACAUUUAGUUAUGGUUCUCCUGAAAAAUCCUGAAUGUAGUGCGGGCAAAAACUUACUGAUGGUUAAAGUCCUUCCACUGACAAGUAACAUCGCAAAGUUAGGCUUAUUGUUGGAGAAUAAUGCCCACAACAAGAAAAGUGUUUAUUUUAAAAACAACAAAAAAACAAAAAAGAAUGUCUUCAUAACACAUAAGGCAGAAUGCUUGACUAAAUGUUAAUAAUCUUAUGCCAACAAAAUCUUUUUUAUCAGAUGAGAACAGUAAAUGGUGGUGUGGGAACAACAUAUGAUGUAAACCAUCUUAUGCUUAUUUCCUUGCAUCUGAAUAACAAAUGUGUAUGGUACAUCUUGAGUGGUUUUAUAGAGAGCUGUCAGGAUUAGGACUCUGGGCUGCAUGGUUCUCUGAGAUGAGAGUAAGACAGGUGGCUGGGUUGCGAGAGACACAGUGUGACAGCAGCUGACCCCUACUGGGCUUGCAAGGGCACAAGUAACCCCGCAAGUGAACGCGCACCUUGCUGUGCAGUGAGGCAUAGAUAAAAGGGUUGUAACAGGUUGAGCUCAUGGCCACCAGGUGGCAGCUGACUUGCAGCACAUUGACAUAGUGCUUGUCCACAAUGCGGAAGUCAGCAUCCAGGUCUAGCAGCAGGUUGAGGAUCUGGAGUGGAAGCCAGCACAGGGCAAAGGCAAGCACAGAGGCCACCAGAAGGAAAAAGGUCUUCCGGCGCUGCCUGCUCCAGUGCUGUUGUCUGUGAAUAGGCUCUCCUGGAAGUGUAUGUCUGUGGAGGUGCACACUGAUAGCACAAUAGGAGAUGCUGACAGACAAAAGUGGAAUCAUGUAGGAGGCCAGCAGGAAGAAGCAAGAAUACAGCAGACGCUGCCUCUCUGCACCUAGCCAGAACUCCUCACACACCACUAGCUCCAUGCCACUGGGCCGCAGGUCCACAUAGCGCAUGUGCAGUGAAGGUGGAGCAGCUAAAACCAGUGAGACUGCCCAGACCCCCAGAGCCACAGCCCCACAUCCCCAUACUGAAAUGCGCCUUCUGACAGGAUAUGCCACUACCACAUAGCGGUCAAUGGCGAUGGCAGUAAGGGACAGCACAGAGGCAAAGACGGUGGCACCUUGCAGGAGCGGUAUAAGGUGACAGAGUGGCUGGCCAAAAGCCCAGCCACGUGAGUCAAAGGCGUAGGAGGCAGUGAGAGGCACACAGCUCAAACACAUCAGCAAGUCUCCAGCAGCCAAGUUGCCAAUGAAGAAAUUGGUGGCAUUGUGAAGCUUCUUGUCAGCCAGAAUGCAGGCAAGCAGGAAACAAUUUCCUACACCAGCUACCACAACAACUACUGAGUACAGGGGCAGAAAAAGAGGCUUGAAGCGCAGAAGAAGCUGAGUGCCAGAGAACUUAUCUAGAGGGUCUGUUCGAUUGGAAGCCUGAAUAGUCCCAUUGAAGCCCUCCAGAACUUGUCCGAGGAAAGUAUCCAUUUUAACCUGACAAAAAAAAAAUGACAUGACAUGACACAUGAAUUGACAAAUGACCUGAAACACUCACACACACAAACUUCACCAAUUAUCUGAGACAGACUAAGGAUGUAAAGGAGAUGCUGUUGUCAUGGACCUAUUGGGAGCUUUUAGCAUCUGCCUCUCUCUUCCUUGAAGAGACUCAAGGAUCUUUUAAAGGCAAAGCAGAAAGGUUGCUUCUCUACACUGGAUAAUCAAACUGUUUAAUUUGAAGUCAUGUUUCUAGUGUUAUUAAUAGUGAGAAUUUCCGAUUAAAAAGAAUGUGAGCAAAAGGAAUAUAUUUCCAUGACGCUAUAAAUAUGUCAGCAGUAAAAUAAACAUUACAUAUUUCUGUAGUUACUUUUUUUUAAAAAAUUCACCAUCACUGUCUUCACCAUCAUUUCAUCCUAAGCUCUGGGAUAUGGAUUGAAAAAGCAGAAUGUUCAAAUUACGCUGUUGAUUUCUUGUACGUCACAGACACACACAACAUAAUGAACCAAAUAACACCAGGUGCUGCACUGCCACUUAGAACACAAUGUCUUGGCUUUCUGUGAUUUUAGACUGAGAGUGUGAUGAAACACAAAUGCAUGUCCUUUAAAUACACUCAGUGCCUCACAGGAGAAACAUGCUCUCAGAAAAGCAGCACAAUUUAAACUGUCAGAUGGUGGGGAAUGACAGGUUGUGGAGACUAAUAAAUUAUUGUACAUGUGUUACAUGACAUGAUUUGUGGGACUCAGGUUAGGCAAUUUAUUUUUUACAAUUUAUUCAACCAGCGCAAUCCAAAAUUGUUUCUUGGACAGGUCUGUUUGAGAAUAUAUGUGCAUUUACAGACGUGUUGAUGCUUGUGUGAGAGAGGCUGAAUGACUGUGUCAUUGUGUGUGUGUGUGUGUGUGUGUGUGUGUGUGGGUGUGUGUGAGAGAGACAGAGAGAGAGAAAGAGAGAGAGAGUGUGUACCUGUGAGCUGGAUCCUCAGAGAGCCACUGAUCUUCUGUGUUCAGUCAGUUGUCAGAGUUUUGCUCGCUUCCACAUUUCCACGAUUUUAGUCCGCAAAUUUGCUUACAAAUGUCUUGGUCCAGCUGUCAGACAGCUGUGUGCCUGAGCAGUGUCCUCGUUCGAAUGUUGUGAAAGACGUGCUGACCACCAGCCUCUCAGUACAUAUCAGAGAGGGGGGGUGUCACACCCGCAGCAAGACCUGAGCUUCAGAGAGAGGGAGCCUGCGGAAGCUUCUUUGUUCCUAGACCACCACUCAUUUUGCACCCCCUCUUCCUCCCUAUUAACACAACUGUUUUGUCAUGUCAUUUCUAGUCACAGCAAACUGCUUAUAAUCAUAUUAUUGUUUGUUUCUUUGCAUAACGUUCUAUAGCAUUUUGUGCAGAAUAAAUUGGAUGUCAGCAACAGAAAAAAAAAAAUAUGAAAACAAUAUAUUACCGUUUAAAGGUACAUAACUGAAACUCUUACUGAUCUUAAUACAGAAAUACACACUUCAUCAUUCUUAAACACCUUUUAUGCAUUUAUUUUAAACUUUACUUUUUGCAACACUUCUUGUUUGCCUCACAGUUAGGAAAUAAUCAAUAAUAUUCAAUAUUAAAGUCUGAAUAUUAAAAAGCCCAAAUAUCAUUCAUAUCUUGAUAUAGGCUUCAUAGUAUUAUAGGCUAGUACAUAUUUCAUUAUUCCUUCGUAGUUCAUUUGUUAAUGAAGAACAUAGAACAGACGUAGAAUAGCUUAUAGAAGUAGACUAAUCCAUUCAGCUCAAAAAACAUAC